GCGGUUAGAAUGUCAGGUAGUUGUCAACAAAUUUGAAUAUUUUUACAGUUUUUAAGAAAAAUUUUGUUUUUGUGUGUUAAUAUUUGUAUUUCCGUAAAAUGUCUCUUGACGAUGAUGUGGAAUUUCGAGAUUUAUUAUCGCAAACGUUAGAGGUGAAUGGUUGUCUAGCAAAAAUAAGGGCCCAACUUAGAGCCAGUAUAUUCCUUACUUUGGACGAGGAUGAAGAGUUACAACGCAAGGAACCACUUGCAAAUCACAAAGUAAAAUCAUAUUUGGGAACCUCAGAAGGACAGAUUAUGUUUUGUUUAGUUCGUGAGUUUUUAGAAUUCUUUAAUCUUGACUUUACAUUGUCUGUUUACAAUGUAGAAACAUAUGCAGAUAAAUGUUACAAUUAUGGGGGUAGGCGUGAUAUUAUAGAAAAACUGAAUGUUUUAACUGAUGAUUCUAGUCAUCCAUUACUAUGGCAGCUGGUUAAUACUAUUAAUUCAGCAAAUACUCAUUCCAAGUUGCCCAUAAAAGGUGACCUCAAUUGUCUUAGUGACGUAUCUGAAGUAAAUAGUAAAUCUCACCAGCCAAAUAAUAGCUCAUCUUCCAUUACUGAUUUAAGCCCAACAACAAAUAAUUUGGGGACCAAUAGUUCUUUAAAUACGACAUAUAGUGUCAAUUCACCCAGUAUAAGUACUGUAAAUAAUUCCAGUUCAAGCAGUCAUGUAGUAGAAACUCAAAAGACACCAGACAUAAUGCCUACAUUAAAUAAAAUCUCAAGCAAUGACACCAUUAAAAGCGACUACUCUAUUUAUACAGAAUGUAGUAAUCAACAAACAGUAACAGACAAGAGCAACAGUUCACCAGAAUCGAACGAAGAAAGACCAGAAAGUAGCAAAUCAGAAAAUAGUAGAUCAAAAUGUAACAGUAAUUCUUUAAUUGAUCUACAUCCCUUGCAAAUAAAUAAAACGAAAUGCAGUGAAUCACCUCUACUCCCUUCAAUGUAUAAUAUAGGAAAGGAUAAAGUAAAUUCAAAGGAAGUUGAUAAACUUUUGUCUUUUGAUGACAGCACUUUAGAUGAAUCAGUGAGUGUUUCUUUAGUUAAUUCUUCUGAAAAUAAAAGUGUAGAGGGUAGAGAUGCCACAAGUAUAGAUACAAAAGAGGAAAUUAAAACAUUAUCUUGUGUUAGUAAGUCCUCACAAAGUGAUGAAUCAAAGGACCUUAAUGAAGAUUCACUUCCAAGAGAAAAUGAUUGAUUAUAAUGAUUAACAUCUCUUUUGUUUUUGUUAAGAGAUAAAGUAAUACUAUGUACUGUGUAACUGUAAUAAACCACAUUAGCAAUGCA